GUUUCACAGACAUGCAAGUUACGUUGGCCGUGCAUGGGCUGUCCUUUCCCGUCGCAUGCGGCGAAGGGAUGCAAAGCAUCAAGUGGCUAGGAUUGGUUGCGGCGCAGCGCUAUGCCCUCAUGCUCCCGCACGGCCGAUGCCGUACCCGCGAAGACGCGCAUUCCAAGAACGGGUUUUACCUCCCAAGCGAAGUCCGAAACUCUGAGGGCGAUCUGUUGAGUCCGUGGUCACGCAUUGUCGAGUGUGUUCGGGAAGGUGAAACCAUCACGAUUGUCCUUCAGCACGAAGUUCCCGUGGACGACAUUGGCGUGCCCCAACUGUCGUCAUGGGCUGUGUCGGCAUUUUCCAACACGACCAACCAGCGUGUCACCGACGACGACAACGACCUCAUCGCCGCCGACGAAAAGGACGACCACGUUGCCGCCAAAAAGGGGGGCAGCGUCUACAGCAACCUCCAAGGGUACUCGUCGUCGUUCCAUGCCAACCACGUCAAGUCGGGGCAGUUUAUCUCGCAGGACGAGCUCGAGAGCGCGUUUUACCACGACGUGGCGCGGCUGGCCCUCGACGAAUUUGUCAAAGACCCCAAGGAAAAGGACGACGUCGAGGACGUUCUGCUCAAGUACUUCGACUGCCUUGUCGCCAUCUUCAAGCAUUAUAGCCUUGGCUUCGGCGAAGACGCGUACUCCAUGUCUGGCGCCGAGUUCAAUCACUUUGUGCACGAGUCAACGCUACUGCACCACGUCAAGGACGCAGCUCUCUUGGACAAACUGUUUGUGCGGGCGCUGCGGGAACCCGGCAACGUGCGGCUGUCCCGCGUCGAGUUUAUGCAGGCGCUGGUGCUCGUGGUGGUCACGCACAACAAAAUGUACGGCGACGACAUGCCGUUCCUUCCUGCGCUGGAAAAAGCACUCAAAGACUCGGUGAAACCAGCUUGCAAUCGGCUCACGUCCGGACCGUUCCGCGAUACCUUGCAUUCAGACGGCAUGCUGGCGAUGCUCCAAGAAGCCAAACCCAAGUUGAGCAGAGUGUACGAUAAGUACGCGUCUGGAAAGCAGACAAACGUGGAGGGACCGAUCUUGAGCGUGUCGGACUUUCGAUCGCUGGUUCAAGACAGCGGCAUUUUCUGCACCGGAGACAGCGACAAGCACGAAGCGUUGUUUGGUCAGGCGAUCGGUCAGUGCUUUACCGGGAUGCGCGACAUCAAGGACGGCGAGAAGCAGUUCGUCGUGUUUGCCGAGUAUGUCGAAGUGCUUUGUCGGCUGUCGCUCGCGAUUUGGGACGACAAGGACGUGUCUGCCAAGGAAACGAUCCGCAUCGGUCUCGACGCUGUUCGGGCCUUGUCCAAGCCAGCCAAGUAGAAAGCCAUUUCCAACUGCCACGUCAUCAACCAACAUAUCCCCAGUUCCGAAAUAUAUACACGGGCAAGUUUGCAAGUUAACAUAACGUUAAAACAAUUCGAUGGGUUAGUUUAUCGGCG